GUCCAUAAUCACGGUUGUGCCGAUAACACGAGUAGUACUGGUGCUGGGAAUACUAGAUAGAACACUACACAAGAAAGACUACUGCAGCAAACAACAGCUGUAAAAUGCAUCAAACAAGUUUGAAUGAUCCAAUAUCAAAAACUUUCCUUUGUUUGAUAGCUUCGAGAUUAUUGUACGAUACAUUCUAAUUCACGAUUACGAUAACAUCACCAAUCAUCUCUAUCUAACAUCUAUAGCGAGCAGGAACGAGAGGAAACCAACCAAAUAUGCAUCACAAAUGAUUGUUAACAAAGUAGCUCUAUUGUGUUAAUAUAUUAAUCAUAAUAUAAUAGGGCAAUGUCGUUUGUUGUUGUUUUACAGUUUUUGCUAUUUAACUUGAUGAGAGCUAACCCGUCAUAUAAAAGGGUGUGUAGGGUACACCCCCACGUGUUAGUAGACGAAUAGUAAUCGAUGCAUGUUGCAUAUUUAUUGUAGUAGAUGAUGUGGUUAAUAUAUUUAUUUGAGACAUUUCAGGAUAUGGAAUAGCGAUGAGACCCAAAAGACAAUGGAAGCUGUAAAAUGAGGUUGUAUGAAUGGGAUAACUGAAUGUUGAGUGUUAUAUCUAUUUUACCCCAAGGCCAAGCAUCUAUUGAUGGCGUGUUGCUUCAAAUUAUCCUGUAUAUAUCACUAUGGACUGUCUAUGGGCGUGUUCUUCAUUUAGUUUGCUUGAUUCCAUGCAGGGCGUAUUUUUCUUCAACAUCGUUCAAUGGACUCCGAUCAAGUACCUGGGCUACUCAUAUCCAUUCUGGGCGCACGCCUUCGGCUGGUUUACUGCACUCUCGUCAAUGUUGUGCAUUCCCGGCUAUAUGAUCUGGCUGUGGAGAAAUACUCCGGGAGAUCGCGCCAAUAAAAUUCGACUGAUCGUUCGAAUCGAAGACAGCGUGAGCCAACUCCGGGAGAGAAUGCAAGCCGAUGCCGCGAAGGGCAUGGAACUGUAAAAGUAGACGCUCUGGCAUUAUCCAGCGGUUCUUUAAAUGA